AUGAAUAAACAAGAGCCAUCACUUCCCUCUCCGCCAUCUGAGGCAGUCUCGGCUGUGCCCCUCGACUCAUCCAUUCGCACGACUUCAAUUCACCCCGACCUCUCCGAGAUCCGCGUGCCAGGGGAGCCGUUGCCCUCAUACCGCUACAAUCCAGUGACAUGCCAGCCUCUCGAUGAGGCGGAAAUUCGCCUUCAGCUCGAGCGACUGCGCCGCGAGCAUCCAUCACAAGAAGCAGCCCUGAGGGCGCAGGAGCAAGCCGCGAAAGAAGCAAAGCAAAGAAUCGAGAGUGCCGAGCGAAAGCGCGAACAAAUUCAAAAGGCCAUGGACAAGAAGAUCAAGGAACGCAAUACCGAGAUGAAGGUUCUUUCCAAGUAUCAGGAGGUCAAGGCUUCUGAUAUUCCGUCGUGA